CGCAUCAGAAGGAGGAGAACCGGCAGCAGCAUCAGCAGCGGCGGCGGCGGCGGCGGCAGCAGCAGCAGCAUCCGAGCAUCCGAGCUCGAACAGCAGCAGUGGUACCCCGCCAGCCGCCCGACCCGCCUUUUAUCAUUCGAGUAUCCUUCCCCUGGAUUUAGCGAGAUAAAAGUUAAGAUGGCCACCUCCUCCUCCUCCACUCUGGACGAAGACGAGAGUUUGAAGGGCUGCGAAAUUUUUGUGCAGAAGCACAACAUCCAGCAGAUCCUCAAAGAGUGCAUUGUGAACCUGUGCAUCGCUAAGCCCGAGCGGCCCAUGAAGUUCCUGCGGGAGCAUUUUGAAAAGCUGGAGAAGGAAGAAUGCAAGCAGGUGAUGGCGCGGCAGAAAUCUAACAGCCAGUCGGACUCGCACGACGACGAGGUUUCUCCGCCGCCGCCCAACCCUGUCGUCAAGGCCCGCCGCCGCCGCGGAGGGGUGAGCGCUGAGGUCUACACCGAAGAGGAUGCGGUCAGCUACGUGCGCAAGGUGAUCCCAAAGGACUACAAAACAAUGACCGCCUUGGCAAAGGCCAUCUCCAAGAAUGUUCUCUUUGCUCAUCUGGAUGACAAUGAGAGAAGUGACAUAUUCGACGCCAUGUUCCCCGUCACGCACAUCGCUGGGGAAACCGUCAUCCAGCAAGGCGACGAAGGAGACAACUUUUACGUGAUUGACCAGGGCGAAGUGGACGUGUACGUGAACGGGGAAUGGGUGACCAACAUCGGAGAGGGCGGCAGUUUUGGCGAACUGGCCCUGAUUUACGGCACUCCCCGAGCCGCCACGGUGAAGGCCAAGACCGACCUUAAACUGUGGGGGAUAGACCGGGACAGCUACCGGCGCAUCCUCAUGGGCAGCACUCUAAGGAAGCGAAAGAUGUACGAAGAGUUCCUCAGCAAGGUCUCUAUACUCGAGUCUUUGGAUAAAUGGGAGCGUCUGACUGUGGCGGAUGCCCUGGAGCCGGUCCAGUUUGAGGAUGGAGAGAAGAUCGUGGUGCAAGGAGAGCCCGGCGAUGACUUCUUCAUCAUCACAGAGGGAAUCGCCUCCGUUCUGCAGCGCAGAUCCGACAACGAGGAGUAUGUGGAGGUCGGACGACUCGGACCCUCCGACUACUUUGGUGAGAUCGCGCUGCUGCUGAAUCGCCCCCGGGCGGCUACGGUGGUGGCCCGCGGCCCCCUCAAGUGCGUCAAGCUGGACCGGCCUCGCUUCGAGCGCGUGCUGGGUCCCUGCUCCGAGAUCCUCAAAAGAAACAUCCAGAGAUACAACAGCUUCAUCUCACUCACUGUCUGACGCCUAUCCAAAAAUUCACAGAGGGGCCACUCGCCAGGGGCCCACAAGCUGGCUUCUACGUGUCCAAUGACAGGGUGCUUGUUUCUUGUGCUUUUUCUCUCUCUCUUUUUUGUUGCUCACGUGCUUGCUGUCAUGCACCUUUAAAAUGGCUCGCUUAAAAACUGGACCGAAAAUUUGAGCAGAGAAAACAAUUGUGCAGGAAAUGGGAUGUUCAAUGCAAAACAAACAAUCGUUCGGUCCAAUUUUUAACCCAAAUUGGGUUGUUGUGACCCAAAAGUUUUAAGGGUGUGUGUCAUGCCCCCCCCCCCCCCCCCCCCAAAAAAAGUUUGCAUUGCAUCUUGUGCAGUGUGGGGGCGGCUCUGUGUGAUGCACGUGUCUCCAUUUGGCACUUCUGACGUAUAUGAAAUGGGGUCAUUGUGCAAGAUGGGGAAAAUGUCUAUGCGCGACCGGCUUACGUGAGUUCACAUUUUGUUGCUUGCCCCUUUGACUGUCGUUCUGAAUUGGUUUUUGGUUUCUACUUUGAGGUGGCGGUCAUGAUAACGUGAUUAUUUAACUGAGCUGUUAUUGUCUGACGAUUUGAUUUGCAUGUGAAUAGCAGAAAUAUCCUUGGAAAAAAAACAUUCAAUAUAAAACGCAGAUCAACGGAUAUGGAAAAGUCUACACAGCUCUGUUCAAAUACAUGCUUUUUUUGUCAUUAAAGUCAUCAAAAAUACCAACAUGAAUCAUUUUUUUAAAAAAAAAUACAAAUAAUGUGACAUAACUUGAAAAAAAACAACAACAAACAGAUAUAUUUGGGAAAAUGGUGUGUGGAGGGAAAAGCGGGUUUCCACAAGUGUGUCGCCGUGUUCAGAAUGAUCCAAUCACGUUCAAACUCAUGUGAAAUGGGACUCAGCACACAACAGCCAAUGUAUUGUUACUAUUAGGAUGAGUUGCACUCUACUACUUGGUUACUGUUCUGUUUUUUAACUGACCGUAGUUACUUGGCAGCAUUUAUCGGUUUCUUUUUUUUUCCGGUCGGUAGUCAAGCAACUGCUGCCAAGUACACAACGACGACUCAAAAGAGUAACAACGGAACCGUGACUGUUCCAUUGUCGCAUUGGGCAAAGUCACUCAAACUGAGCAUAUGGCUUUCCUCACAAUGAACCGAUCCCAUUGCAAGUCACGUUAAAUGGGAGUCAGCACAAACCUGCCGCCAUGUGAAGUGCCUCUAAUCAAUACCAGAUAAAGUUCAGCCGUUCAAGUUUUUGUUUGAAGCAGAUGCCUGCCUGUCGAGUGUGUGAAGCUUAGUCGAGUGAUGAAUGGUAGAAAAAGUUUGGAAAAAAGUAUGGUCUGAUUAUUUUUGUACCAUAAAAGCCUGACAUUUGAACUGGAGUGUGUAGACUUUUGAUACCCACUGUAAAUGCACGCAGAGAUCGUCUCAGGAUUUUUGAAAAGCUUGUUAUCGUUCUUUUUGGCUGAAAGCUUUUCCACCAUUUUGCUAGCGUACCCGUAGAGUGAACGCAGCAGUUUUACAACACACCUUUGCUGGAAACCAUGUUCAAAGGAAGAAUUGCAACUAAUAUUGACACUGAUGCAAUGUUGUAAAAUGUAUCUGUUUCUUUCAACAAUCAAAAAAUCUUGAGAAAAUAAAGAUCAAAUCUCCCCAGA